AUGAUGCAGCGCAGGAUGUGCGAAGAUGGGGGCGACUACGUGAGAAGCGACAACUGCUUGAGAAACGUCUUCCAGUGCACAGACAAGAAAAUAAAAAUCUUCAAAACAUACCUGAAGAAAAAACUAAACGUGGAAUCCUACACCCUGGGGGAAUACUCACUCAAGCACGAUGAAAAGUUCCGAAGGAUAUUCUGCGCAAACAUUUUAAAAGACCAUGUCAUUGCAAAGAGGAAGAAGGACAAACUGUUCAUCCUAAACGAAGUAAUCAUGGACAAAAAAUUCUUCCAAGAGGAUUUUUACUAUCAAUAUUUUUUACAAAAUGUUUUGUUGCUAGAAGACUUGACUUUAAAAAGACUCGAGAAAAAUCACCAUGGGGACUUCCUAUUCAAAGAGAAAAAAAAUAAUAUACUCAAUUGGAAACAGGGCUAUAGUCAUAUAAAAAAAAAAUUAAAUGAAAAGGGAAAUGAUCAGAAGAGUAAAAUCUACAAAAACUCCGUGCUGCUAUUUAACUCCACCAAGUUUUCCUACGAAGAUAAAAACUGUUGUGAUUACUUUUACAGCUUGAAAGUUUGGGACAUUUUUUUUAAUUAUGUUUCUUUCGAUUUUUUAAAUUAUCUCCUGUCCAACACACUUAUCUUCAUAUCGGACUUUUUUUUUAUUAACCUGAAUCCGAAUCUGCCUGUGCAGAAUUCCUUCCUUGUCCUUGUUAGCCAUGUCGACCUCAAGUAUGAUGACAACAAUGACGUGCAAGACACCAUAUUUUCCAAAAAGAGGAAGCUCGCAUAUAACACAAAACAAGUGAAAAUCUUUUACCAGAGGGACCAGCGUAGACGCCCCCCUGACAGAGCCGUUCUAUGCCAACCGGCCGAAGAAGUGGUAGGUGUCCGCACAGAUGGAAAGAACCUGCCCCAAGGGGCAUCUUUCCCAUUGGACAUAAAUGGCGCUUCACAAAAAGGAGAUUUGCAAAGAGAGGAUGACCAAGUGGAGGGAGACCCCAAAGAAGAAUUUCAAUCUGUUAUUAAACCUGCUUGUGCAAAAGGCGCAAACAAAAGGAAGAUCGACCAUUGUCGUAGCGAAGAAAAUGUUGUUGCAGGUAGAAAAUGCAAGAAGAAGAAAAAUACUACACGAGAUGCUGUAAAGGAGGGAAUACAAAUAGACCGCUUAAAAUAUACAAUGAAAAAUAAAGAGGUGCAAAGGCCGGGAUCCAGUUGUGGAGAUGACACACAAAUCGAUAGCCAACAAUAUAAAUACUUAUUCAAAAAGAAAAAACAAACAGUUAGGAGGAACGAAGUCAACGAAUACGUUAAUCAUCUUUACCUAGUCCAGUGUAGUGGUAGAAUUAUCAAAAAUGAAUUCCUCCAGGAGAUUAAGCAGAUACAGAAAGAAAGCGAGCAGGUGGAAGAGGCCCAGGGGGAUGACAUCGAUGUUUUGGAAAACAGGACAGAAGCAGAAAAUGGAGAGGAGAAAGAAGAGCAAAGCAAGGGGUUACCGCAGAUAAGUUUUUUUUCUGAUGGACAACCGGAAAGGGAGCCUCUCAGUAGCUGCAAGUGCAAAGCCCCACAGGAGGAGAAGAAAAAGUGGAGCAAAAUAAUCAUCAAUCGAAAUAAUAUCCUACAACACAACACGACAAACAAGUACAAAAAUUUCCUCCUAAAUAAGAGCAUCCUAUUUGACAACAUUGAAAAUGUACCCUUGUUCACAUACCAUUUGCUGAAUUAUAUUUUCAAGUCAGAUCAAAAAUACUUUUUUCACAACAACUUCAUAGAUGAAUAUAAGAAUAAAAUUUCCAAGCAGAUCAAAUGCAACACGAAAAAAAAUGAUAUAUCUUUCCUGUUGCUCAGGAAGGAAAAUACUACAUCAUCAUCCAGUGUGGCACUCUGUAAUAGGAGUAAAGACAAACGAAACAACGUGUCCGCCCGUUUGAAAAAAACGAAGAUACUCAAAUAUGUUUACUGCCAUUUCGAACAAUUCAUACAAAAUGCCAGACAUGCAAAUUUCGAUAAAAUAUAUAACCAAUAUUUUCCAAAAAAUAAAAUGAAACAUAAAAUUAGAAAAAUUUUUAAAACAAUUAAAUCAGGUAUUAUUCACAAAUAUAAAAUUGUAAAUAUAAGGAGAAAUAGAAAAUUUAUCAAACAAAAAAUGUAUGAUGUUUUUUUUAAAAAUUAUGACUUCCUUUCAUUUUCUUUUAAAGCUUAUCAAGUUAUAAACUUCCUUGUACAUAUUACGAAGAAAUGUGUACCUGUGAAACUCGUGGGCAGUCGUCACAAUUUUAAGGUCUUCAUAAAAAAUGUGAAAAAUUUUGUCCUGCUUAAUUAUAAAGAGAAUUUUACCAUGGACCAAUUGAUGAAGCACGUUAGGGUUAAAAAUAUCUUCCAAAAGAGGGUCCCCCACAGGCACGUGAAUAACGUCCAAGUAGAUGCACUGAAAGGGAAUACAACUGAACUUGUGUCCCACGAACUACACAAGCCAAGUUCUACUGACACCCUUUAUCAAGAAGAAAAGACGUGGAAGCCAAAGAAGAGGAGCAAACAAAUCCGGUUCUUCGACCCCGAGAAAGACACAUCCCUAUUUGAGACCAUUAGGAGAAAAUAUUUGAGGAAAAAAAAAAAAAUUCACAUAGCACUUUUGAAGAGGCAUUUGCUAAAUAGAAUCAUUUAUUUCCUCUUCAACUAUUUCAUCAUGCCUGUAAUGAGGAAGUAUUUUUUCCUCACCAAAUCGGAACACACUAUUUACAAAACCAUUUUUUUCGACAGGAAAUCGUGGAACUACUUCACCAAGAUUUCCAACUUUUGUCUGUACCACCAGAACUUCCGCGGUAAGAAGUUGAAGCGGAGGGCGGAGUCUGCAGGAAAAGGGCGGACACCAGGUGGAGAGGUCAAGAGGGGGAAACUCCAGAAGGAUCAUCAUACCAUUUCCAAGGUGAGACAACUCGAACCCAGUAGCGCACGCAAACUGGUAAGGAAGCAGCCAGAUAUAAAUGCCUCUUCCCGUGUGCUACAAAUCAGGGGGAGACAAAUCGAAAAGGGGAAGGAGCGCGCACUCGUAGUGCGAAAAGCGGAGGGGAAGAAAAAAAGAGAAAAGCGUCAAAGUGCAUUAAUACGAAACAGCAAAAAAAAGGAAGGCUUCCAAUGUGCAAAGAACAAACGAAGAGGGAGCUCCACCUCAACCGAACGAAACAAACGCAUCGAAGAUUUAUACCAAAUGACCAUUCUGAGUAAAAACACGGUUAGACCCUACCUAACCAAGUUCUAUUACAAAGUAAAGAAGAAGUACUUCUCCCUCAGGAAAAAGUACAUGCUGCAUGGAAGGAAGAUGACCCCGCUGCGGGACAAACAAUUUGCACACUAUAUACAUUUUGCGGACGAGAAAAGACAGCUGUUCAGGUUUAUUUGCAAGAGAUUUUUUAAGAAAACGAAAAGGAAUUACGUUAAGCGGUUUUUCAGAUUGGUCAAGCGGGUUAAGAGGAGGAUGAUGGGCAUGCAGCAGAUUGGCGAGGAGGGGUCAAAAGAAAGGAGAGACGACAAAAUAACUGUGUCCUGUAGAAAAAAUGAUAAGAGCAGACGCAAAAAAGCGACGAAGCACGUAAGCGCAGCAAUAUCCAUGGACAACAGCCCGCGCAGAAAACACCACGAUAAGAAGAGAACGAAGAGGACAGAAAAGGUCAAAAAGAAAAAAAUUCACAUACACAAAAUAAAAAGCAUGAUAGAGAAGCGCAAUUUUUUACUCAAGCUGAAUUCAAUAAAUCGCUUUUUUUCGAAAAAGCUAAGAAUAAAUUGGGUGCCGAAAAAAAAAGGACUAAGACCGCUAAUAAAUUUGUCUACGCUGAACAUUCCAGAAAGUGUAAAAACUCGAAUCAGGGAGAUUUUAAAAAAUAAAAAAAGCAGCGAGUUUUACUUCCACAACAUAUUGAAUAACAUGGAAAGAGAUACCAAAGAGAAAAAAUCUGGAAAAAAAAAAUACAAUAGAAAGAACUUCAACCCCGUGUCCUUAAAUCAUAUUUGUAACUUCUCUUUAAAAUGCUUGGGAAAUGUGAGAAAUAAUAACAGUGCUUUAUUUCAAAAUACUCUAACCAAGACAAACGAAACGGAGUUGAAGCUGAAGAAAUGGCUGGAUUAUUUGAAAAACUGGUUUUAUCGGAAAAAGAAAAAUAAAAAAUAUAUAAAAAAUAAAUUAAAAAAAGGAAAGGUCAUCUAUGCAUACAUCUGCAUCGGAGACUUCUCCAAUUGCUAUGAACAUAUAAAGCAUAAUUAUAUGUUCAAAAUGAUGAAGCAUUUUUUUCAUGGCAUUUCAAAUUUUGAAUUUAUAUAUGUCUUUAAAAGAUCCUUCCGCCUGUAUAGCCAUUAUAUGAACAACUCCCUCUUAACCUAUUACCCUGUUAACGUAAAAGAAUUUGGCAUACACUCCAUUAAAAAUUUGAGAGAACUCAUUGUAAAAUCUAACUCGAAUAAGUCUCACAGCUUCCUGCUCAGACAGUUCUUUAAGAAUACGUCGUCCAAUGAUUUGUAUAUUUUUUCAGAUUCCUACAAAAGUGUGCAAGUAGAAAUGAGAGACAUUUUCAUGACCAUCAUUACCAUCGUCAGGUAUUAUUACUUAAACAUUUAUUUCAGUAUCAAGGAAAUAAAAAUGCAGUGGAAAAAUAUUUUCUACUUUCAGCUUUUUCAGCAUGAGAAAAGGGAAGAUAUCUAUCGCAGCUUGCGUAGCAGGAGGAAGUUGGAUCAUUUGCGCCGGUUGCAGGGACAGCAGGAGCAGGAAGCGAUUAUGGGGGGGGGGGUUAUUGAGAAAGCUCAUGAGAGCGCCACACAAGAAGUGGGCAGCACACAGCAAACUGGGUUUUGCCUGCCAGAUGGACAGACCGGAAAUAUGGCCAACUUGAUGGAAUUGAAGGAUCCUGCACUAAGCACCACCAUGACCACUAGCACUUCCGAACGUGACGAUGGUGAAGGUGGUGAAGAUGUGAGGGGGAACCCCACUGAGUUACAGAAGCAGAACAAAGACCAACUGGUGGAUCGAAGACCCGGGGAGAAUGGCAUCGAAAUGGCGGCGUUCACAAAAGGGGAAGAGAUGAGCAUAGGUUGUUCAGAAAAGAUUGCCCCCAAUUGCGCCACUAGGAGCGCCGCCAAUUUCCCUGAUAGGAACCCCGGAGCAGAGGCAGAAAAAAGCGUCCGUACGUAUGCAGAAAAAAACUUCGUCACAUUUCAAGACAAAAAAAUCAUCAGCGAUAUUUGCGGACUGCCGCAGGGAUUCUGCUUGUCCAACAUCCUGUGCUCCAUGUACUACGCCUACCUGGACAGAAAUGAAGAAUUUCAAAAUAUUCUCUAUACAGAUAAGGACCAGGGGAGAACAGACACCCCUCAGCUCCCAAAAAAAAAUGCUAACGCGGUAAAGUACCAAAACCUGAAUUCUCUGCUAAUCAGAUUUAUUGAUGAUUUUCUCUUUAUAACAGUUAACAAGAGGAAUAUGAAGCAAUUUAAAAAGCUUCUGCUCACAAGGAAAAUCUGGGGGGGCAAUAUAAAUUCGUCCAAGACAAAAAUUUUCAAGCUUCCCCUUAUUUAUAGGAAUACUUUGUUUCUGGAGAAUUUCUGGAAAGCCAAAGUGCUCUCCGGGGGAAAGAGGUGUAAUAGAGAGGAGGAGACGCGCCCAACUCUGCCAAAGCAACUGUGCACAUCCAGGCAUCCUCCUGUGCUGAGUACUGAACGCGCCUCCUCGGACCCGUACCUCAUAAGCACACAGGAGCAAACCAGGACCCCAUCGAGCAGCACUGUGAGCAGCGCAAUAAGCGGAGCGAUAAGCGAAUCGAAACGGAAGAGGAAGCUAAUACCUCACGGUAGCGAGACAGUUGCAAGCGCUCCAUUGAGUGAUAAUUUGCCAAGUCGCGCAAAAUGUAGCAUCUCCAGUGGCGAACUUCAAAUGAAGGUUACCUCACCAAAAGGGACCGUCAAAAUGGCGAAGACAAAAAGGGCAGCAAAGCUAACCGAAGCGCAAACUAACAAACUAAUAAAAGAGCUACUCGAAAAAAGGAAAAGGUUAACAGGAAGACCAUCCUUUAGAGGGAGACACAAAAUUAAGAAGUACCUGAAACGGUUGAAACGGUUGUGGCGCCUGUCGCGGUUGAAGAGGCAAGGGUGGAGAAGCGCAAAAUGUGGGUGUGUAAACCGCUGGGCUGCUGGGCAGCACCGCGGAGUGAUGCCAAUCGACUGGCUAAACAAUUCAUACACAUUUGAUUUCAUCAACAACUGCGUGCACAGCACAUCGUGCCAGUGGAAAAACAAACAAGACGCAACCAUUAGAAACCACCUACACCUAAACAAUGUCAUUGCAGAAAAAAACUCCUCAAUAAAUUACAUGAAAUUUUUAGUGGAAAGUAAAAUCAUAAGAAAUGUCAUAUCUAAGAUGAAAAAAAAUACAAUGAUUUACAGAAACAAGCAGAAUGCCUACUUUGCUUACAAGAAUAAUUUCAUUCUCCUAAAAAGCUCCAUCUUAAAAUUUGUUUGUUCCAUUAAGUCGUUGAAGAGAAUGUUUCAUGCCUUUUACAACGAUUGUUACAACACGAGAUUUGUUUUUUAUUUAAUUUCAUAUUUGAGAAAGUCACUUAUAAAAAAUAGGAAGAUUAAAUUUGUCAAACUUUUUUUAGUCGACACUGCGAUGGAGGCGUUGCGGUACGCUCGGGUGUUCAAUGCCAGCAGCCCCCUUUUCCCAUGCCUUAGGCGUCUGAGAAUCGUCAGGACGAGGCUCAUUAAUCGAUACAAACGGAGGAAAAAACGGGUCCAUUUGACUCAAUACUACGGUCUGUUUGGUCUCAUCCGGGAUGAACUGCGAACCACGUGGCCUUACAUGUUUAAAAUUAGGGACGAGGCUUCGCCCCCUCACCCAGUACGGUGA